CGCCGUCGCCGUCUCCAGGAUCUCUGCAGACAGAAGAUGCAGAGCAAAUCUUCCGAGAAGCCGGAACCUCUCCACGCUGCCACUCGUAUUGCCAGUGUAUCUGAGGCGCAGGUGCGUAGUCCUUCCAGUAGAAGCAGUACAUCUUCAUGUGAGACUUCCAGUAUAAGAGCUACGAAAGCUGGUUUGGAAAGGAGCGAGGAACCUGUUUCGUCGAAUAUGGAUAUAUCGACUGGACAUAUUGUUUUGUCUUACAUGGAAGACCACCUGCAGAAUAGAGACCGACUGGAUCAGGAAUGGGAGGCUCUGUGUGCCUACGAAGCCGAUCCAUGUUGUACAGAUGUCGCCAUGGAUACGUCAAAUGCCAGGAAGAAUCGCUAUUCGGAUGUCUUGCCAUACAACCACUCUCGUGUCCUGCUAAACCAGUCCACGAAUGCUUCAGGUUCCGACUACAUCAAUGCCAGCACCAUAACUGACCAUGAUCCAAAGAACCCAGCAUAUAUUGCCACCCAAGGACCUUUGCCGCAUACAGUUGCUGACUUUUGGCAGAUGGUAUGGGAACAAGGCAGUGUUGUAAUAGUGAUGCUGACCAAACUAACGGAGAAUGCUGACGCUAUGUGUCAUCGCUAUUGGCCAGAAGAGGGCAGUGAUCUUUAUCACAUUUAUGAGGUACAUCUGGUCUCUGAACAUAUCUGGUGUGAUGACUACCUGGUACGCAGCUUUUACCUGAAGAAUCUACAGACCAAUGAAACACGGACUGUUACCCAGUUCCACUUCUUGUCUUGGCUUGAUCUCUCCAUUCCGACAUCGGUGAAGGUUUUGCUUGAUUUCCGUCGGAAGGUGAACAAAUCAUUCCGUGGACGUUCCUGUCCCAUUGUUGUGCACUGCAAUGAUGGCUGUGGACGUACAGGAACUUAUAUCCUAAUGGACAUGGUUUUGAACCGAAUGGCUAAAGGUAGGUCACAAACCCUUCUGCUCUUUCUCUUACCCGUCUGUAUGCGUUUUGGUGCACAUGUGCACGAACAGUUCCAGUAUUCGCUCGCAUUGGUUGCCGAGGAAGUCCACGCAAUUUUGAAAGCUUUGCCUCAGUGA